AUGAUGACGGACCCUCUAAGUGUUGCGGCUAGCGUUACUGCUCUUCUUGGCUUGACUACUUCAUUGGUGAAAUACAUCAAUGGUACAGUAAAUGCAUCGGAAGAUAAAAAGAAGUUAUCAGCUGAGAUACGCGAUACCACCGUUGUCCUUGCGACGCUGCGAGAGCUAGUUCAGCCUCAUGCCCAAGAAGAUCUGCUUCCCGCGGCUGGGACCCUUAAUGCCCUCGCCAGAAUUAUGGCUGGCCUUGAAAAGACGCUAGUUCCUCUGAAGGCAAGGUUAAACAGUGAUGGAAGGUUGAAACUCCAAGGGAUUCUAGCUUGGCCCUUUCACGAAAAGGAAGUGCGCGAGACCCUUGCGGCAGUCGAACGACACAAGAUGUCGCUUAGCCUCACCUUACAAGAUAUUCAAUUAAGGACGUCUCGAGCAAUCACAGAGAGAAUCAAGAGUUUGCAGAUCGGUAUUGGUCAAUUAGCUAUCGCAAAAACCGAAUUACAAUUCGAUGAAGCCUUAGAGUUACUUUCCGCACCUGACUCGUCGAUUAAUCAUAGAACGGCAUAUGAACUAUAUGAGCCGACUACCUGCUCGUGGCUCGUGAACUCGGAACGCUUUAACCGCUGGCUCAACUCUCCUUCUGUUCUCUUACUAUCUGGAAUGCCCGGAUGCGGUAAAACUGUCCUCUGUUCUGCAGUAAUCGAACGCGUAAGGUCCCACGUGAUCGGAAAACCGGCCGUUGGGCUUGUGUAUUUUUAUUUUGAUUUUCAGGAGGAGCAAAAACAAAGCGUGGAAGGACUUCUGCUUUCGGUCAUCGUUCAAUUGGUGUAUCAACAAGAGAAGCUCCCUGUUCAGUUCAGAUCGCUUUGUGACGAUUUCAAAGAGCGCCGGGGCAAGUUGCGUGGAGAGAAAUUGUUGAAAGCUCUUCAUGCAACUAUCGAACAAUUUCACCGAGUGUAUCUAAUCCUGGAUGCAUUAGACGAAUGUGGCGAACGGCAAGGGGUUAUGAGCUUGAUUGCUAAUCUCGUUCGCUCUCAUGCAGGAUUUAGUAUACUGGCCACAAGUCGUGACACUACGGAGAUCAGUCGUUCCGCUCUAGGACAGGUUUCAACGAAUGUGAUCUACAUGUCACUCGACAAUGUGAAUAUGGACAUUCGGACCUAUGUGGUCAACUCUUUAUCGAGGGAUCCUAAGUUGCGAGAGCGACCGAGUCAUGUCAAAGCAGAGAUAGAGGCCGCAUUGACUUCAGGUUCUCAUGGAAUAGAAACUUUGAGAUCGAUGCCAAAAACGUUGGCGAAGACUUACGAUAUGAUAUUGGCGAGAAUAGAUACGUAUUACCAGAAACAAGCGUACGAGGUGCUUCAGUGGUUAGCCUUUGCUGUGCGACCUCUCCGAUUGGCUGAAAUUGCAGAGACACUGAUUAUCAAGCCUGGCGUCAUAGCUCUGUCUGAGGACGACAGGCUGUUUUCUGAAUUUGACAUCCUCACUAUUGGCUCGAGCCUUAUACGGAUAUCUAACGGUGAUGAAGUGCGGCUUGCACACUACUCUGUUAAAGAGUAUUUGAUGUCUAGUCGGCUCAAAUCAACGGCUUUGUCCUCCUUCCAUAUUACGGAGCAACCGGCAAAUCAAUACCUGGCUCAUGCAUGUGUCACUUAUCUACUCCUAUUGAAUCGGCCUGAACGUCUUUCGCUGGAAUCAUUUACGAAGCUCCCACUUCUCAACUACGCUGCGAUGCAUUGGCGAGACCACGUAAAUAUUGCUUUCCGGGCAGGCUACCGGGAAGAAUCAUCUAAAAGUUUUCUUUGUGACAUCUUGCGGCUCAUGGACCAGAGUCAAGGCUCGGCUUAUCUUAACUGGCUCCGCGUUUCCGAUCCGGAUGACUGGUAUCUGCGCGACCUAUCAAAAAGAGAGCAAGAUGUCCCUAAGAGCCUCUACUACGCGUCUCUCCUUGGUCUAUACAUUGUCACAGAAGCACUCAUAGACCGAGGAGUUGACGUCAAUGCACGAGGUGGACUCUUUGGCAACGCGCUCCAGGCAGCUGCGUUCCAAAAUCACCACCAAAUUGUCCGUUUACUCUUACAGAAUGGCGCUGAGAUUAAGCUCAAUGAGGGCCUUCAUUAUUCGGCCCUGAAUGCAGCCGCCGUGAACGGAGGUGAAGCUAGCUUCCGUAUUCUCUUGGAUACAUGCUUCGCAGGAAGAUGCAAUGACUCUAAGCUUGUUGGCAGUAGCCUGGUCGCGGCCGCCGCCUCGGGGAACGUGGAAAUUGUGACGUUACUUUUAGACCAUGGCGCAGACGUUAACUUCCGAGGAAAUGAUUCAGUGGCCCUUAACAGUAUCCUUGCUGGCAGUCCAAUCGCUGCCGCCUCAUUUCAAGGCCACAAGGGUGUUGUACAGCUAUUGAUAGCUUGGGGGGCAGAUGUCAAUGCGAAGGGGGGCCGCUACGGCAAUCCAUUGCAAACUGCAUCACGGGCAGGUUUUGAUUGCAUUGUGGAGCUUUUGUUAGAUUAUGGGGCUGAUGUGAACGCCCAAGGGGGCGUUUAUAAAACAGCGCUCCAAGCUGCCUCGGCCGGCGGCCAUCAAAGCACCGUCAGACUGCUCCUGGAGAGAGACGCGAAUGACACGCGCUAA